AAAAUCCUCCCAAAUUUCACCAAAAUAACUCACCCAAAUACAAACCCACACCAUUUUCGAUCAAUUUCUCUAAGAUUCGUGCAUAGUCAUACAAAAUGGUGAGGACUAAAAGAGUUGUAAAGAAAGCAAGGGGGCAGGCGGCAAGCACGUCUGGAAGGCGUCGAAGGGCUGAACAAAGUCUUGAGGACAGUGGUGAAAGCACAGACAUGGAGCAGAUCGACACUCGCACUAGUGUAUGGAACUCUCAUCACAUUACUUAUGGAAAAUGCGGGUGUUGUUUGCGUGGAAUGGAGUCCCGAGACCUACAUAGUCAUGAGCUUUUGAAUGAGAGUUCACUGAGCAAAAUGGGGUAUGUAUUCAGUGCAAGAACAAAUUCGUGGGAAAUGAAGCAGAAAAAGAGAAGAGGAGGACAAGAUGAUGAAGGUGAGGGGUUUGAUGAUGAAGAACAUGCCGAAGAAACUGAAGAAGCAGCAAAAAUCGAUGAUCACAUUCGCGACUGUCAGAUGGCAGCACCUAUAGGUCCUCGAGGGACAAAAGGAGAUCCGUCUACUGCUGGCACAUCCUCCGGACAGCAACCCACUGAUCCCUUUUCAAAUCUGGAAGCAUAAAUCCUCCCGUUGCAGUUGUUGAUGGCUGUUAAAUUAUCAUUUUAAUGUUUGAACAAUCUUUUGAAAGUUUUCUUAAUGUAUUGACUUUUUAUAUUUUUGAGUAUGUACAUAUAAUAUUGACAUUAGAUGUAGUUUGAUUGAAUACAGAUUUUAACAUUAA